UCUGGAUAAAAGAAAACAUACAGUGUACAUCCAUAUGAAAAUCAUAGUUGAUGAUUCAAAAGUCGCAAAAAAUGUAAUGCAUAAUCUGACGCCUGAGCUUCAUAAACAUUCACAUGUAUUCAAAACAAAAUUAGAACUGCAUACCGUUUUUGACCCCGCGGCCAUUUUUAAACCAAAACAAGGCACAGACUAUAAACACCAUGGCCUAGAAAACGAUUUUGGUGAGGAAUAUCCAGUGUACACCUUCAUAACAACAUAAAUAUCCUCGCUCAAAGGAUGUAGUAACGUCGCAGAGGGCUACAUUCACGAUGUUGAAGGUGGGUCUUUAUAUGAAGUGUGCCUUGAUUAACGUUCGAAUACAGACAACUAUAUGUCGAAUCAUCAAUCCUUGAAGCAUUAUUCGGCAACUUAAGUGAAGAAUGGUGGAAGCUGCUGUGACCAGCUUAAUAAAAGCUAUUAAAGUAGACAACAGUCGACAUUUAAACGCUCAUUGCAUAGCACUAUGUCUGGAGCAAACAGAUCUUGCGGGAUUUGCAGAGAAAGUGUUUACAGAUGCAGUAAACUGUAUACAAGAAGAAAAAGACAAGUUUGAAAGUAUUCAUGACCUAGUUUCACUUGCUGUGAAUCUUUUUAAUGUGCCAUACUUGGAAACCAUAGUUAACGUUCUGAUAUUUAUUUGUAAAAUUUUUUCAUCUAUCAAAGGAUGUGGAGGUCUAUAUUCUAUGAUAUCAGAGAAUUUACGUUUAGAAUUGUCAGAGAAAAUGAGAGAUAUUGAAGAAAAAUUGCAUGAAUUUUGUGAAUGUUUUGAGGCACGAAGUGGUGAGUUAAAGUGGUUCAAUGAACACGGAGAGAAAACAGAAGAAAGCAUUGACAGGCUCUUAGAUAAUGUCAACUACAAGGAAAUCGGUAUGGGGUUUUCGGGAUCGUUACAGACUAUCAUUUUAAGGUAUAAAAAUAUCCGUGAAGAAAACACCCUCAAGUUUGUUGGAGAGUGUUUGAAUGUGUACGUACGUGUUGCGAUCAUGCGAUGUAUGAUGCACAUUUUGCUUUUGUCAAUUGUACCUGAUAAAACAAUGAAAAGCGCAACAGAGCAAAUUAAGAUGUAUAUGGAAAACGAUAGCCGGCGAAGAGUUGUUUUUUUAAACAGAAUACUAGAGCCCAGCCACGAGAAUGCUAUAUUUUUGUCAUCAUUUAGCAUUACAGAUUAUCCUCAAGUGGAUAUGUUUCUAAAAGCUAAAUGGUCUGCUACAAAAGAACAGUCAUGCAGAUGGGAAAUCGGUGAUUUUUUGACAAACAAAAGCAUUGCUCUGCAUCCGGUAGUAUUUCGAGGUCAUUGGAUGAAUACAGCUGCCGUAAAAUAUGUGUGGAGUACAUCUACGGCGCCACAUGAUGAUUAUGCUCAAUUUUGCUUUGAAGUUGCAUCGAAAGGAGAAAAUAUAUUUUUCAUCACGUCAUUUAAAACGCAGUCUUCAUAUAUUUAUAUGAAACCCAAUUCACUUCUAGGCAAAACGAGUAUUCGACCAAGAGAGGAAGGAAUGUUCAAGGUUCUCCGUUUACAGAAUGACAAUUGUUUGAUAUCCGUUGUUAAAUACCCUGGCAGAUUCAUUUAUAUGCCAAACACUAUUUGGGGUAUGAUAAAAGGGGCUGUGACCGACAAGAUGUAUCCUGAAGGCCUACCAACUGAACAGCAUGAAUGGUCACUUAAGGAAGUUUGUCAUCGUAGAAAUGAGGGUGAAAUCAAUAAAGUUGAAAAUCCUAAAAUCAUUAGUGCCUUCGCCUCCAAAAAGAAGUGACAAAACAUUAAUCGCUAGACUAGACAUAACAUUAUUUCAAUGUGACAUUUUGUUUCACGAAAUGGAUCCUAUUUCAACCAAAUUCAACUAAAUGUUAGAAUAUGAUAUGGAACUUUCAAAGAACAUUUUAACUACAUGUAUUCAUCAAACUUUUACAUUUUGGAAAAUCAUUAUAUGUUACAUAUGUGUGAUAUAUUGGUGUUAGUUUGCUUUGGUUCUCCUCACUUCAUGAUAGUGUUUAAGGACAUAUUCACCUAAUGCCCAUCUUCAACCAGACAGAACAAAAAAUCUUACCAGACACAAAAAUCUCAUUGUCUGCUUUGUGUCUGUUCAACCACACUGUCUCUGCGUUACACCUGAUUUUCAGUUCUCUACAACGCAUAUUCAGCUGAUCUAGCCGUGUCUGUUGUAUGCAGUCAGGCGUGACUGCGUCUACGAAGCAGCCUGUCCCCUGUGCAUUCCUGGUUCAUACUUUUGACAUAUCGAUAGAUAUAGAUAUUUAUUUUGCCAUUUGAAUCACAACCUUCUGAAAGAUGCAUAGUAUAUGAAUGAUAUCUUUUGUCUAUAUAGGAUAUUGUCAAACCUGAAGUCUCCCGGAACGUGUAUAGCUGGGUUGUAUUUACAUAAAUAUGUUGGGUCAAUGUAACGUUGAAUCCACAUUCUCGUGCUGAAUGACUAGGCACCCAUUAAUUCCAGUGCUCAUUCAUAUUUUAUUUUUGAAAAUGUCUAA